UUGAAGGAGCUGCCCCAAGCUUAAGCUGCCAUGACGUGUAGUCUACAGACAGUGAGCCAACCCUGGUAGAGCCGGUGCCAUGUACCUGGACGUCGGCACCAACUGGACCUCCGUGGACGUCCAGCCGCUGACCAACACCUCGCCGUGUGUCUGCAAGUACCGGCAUGACGACGUGCCGGAGCCGGAUCUCAACGGCUCCUGGCCGCAGCAGGAGAUGUCAGCCCUGCACGUGCUGGGCGACGCCUACUCCUCCCUCCACGGCGUCAUCAGCCUCAUCGUCUGCGCGUUCGGGAUUCCGAUGAACGUGCUCAACAUCACCGUGCUCACGCGCAAGCACAUGCGCACGCCGGUCAACUGCAUCCUCACCUGGCUGGCCGUGUUCGACCUGCUGACCAUGGUCUCCUACGUGCCCUUCUCGCUGCAUUUCUACUGCCUUACUACGUCAUACGACCGCUCGGGAAGAAACUCCUGGGGCUGGAUGACGUUCCUCAUCUUUCACGUGAACAUCACGUCAACAACACACACCAUCAGCAUCUGGCUAGGCGUCACGUUGGCGAUGUUUAGAUACAAACACAUCUUCUCACCUGCCAAAGGUCACAUCACGCGCGUGCGACGACUCAUACGGGCCAGGAUCGCCGUGUUUGUCGUGGUGGUCGUGUCCAUACUGGUCAUGAUCCCCAACUACAUGAUGAACAAGAUCAUCCCACACCAGGUCACGGAUCCAGAAACCAACGUGACCAACGUGAUCUUUGUCACGGAGAACCUGAACCUCGGCACGGAGGACGUUGAACUCGUGACGCAGGUGAACCUCUGGCUCCACAGCGCCCUGGCCAAGUUCCUGCCCUGCAUCCUGAUGGUGGUGUACGGCGGGCUGCUGGUCAAGACGCUCCGGACCAACAUCCGCAUGCUCAACAGGAGCAGCACGACCCGGACCUCGGACUCCUUCUUCCCGGCGUGCCCGGCUGAUGCCUCUCCUGAUCGGCCGUCUAGGCAGGGGGAGAAUUUCCUUACCCAGCAUUCCGUGGAGAGGAAAGGCUCAAAGAAAAACAACCACAACAGUCGGGAGGGUAGACCUGAACACGAGGACUUCCUGUGUUUAAACUGCCAGAACCAGAGGCUCAGCCAGCAGGAGCAGAGCCAGCAGACGACCACAACAGUCGUGUUCAUGCCUUCAAGCUCGCCCAGCGUCACCACAAAACGCGCCUCCUCCAGCCCUCUCGCGACCACCAGACGACAGAGCCGUCACCACGACAACUCCCGAACAACACGGAUGCUCCUCAUCGUCAUCACGCUAUUUUUAGUAACGGAACUUCCCCAAGCUAUUCUUAUCGUACUCUCCGCGACGAUUCCAAACUUUUUUCAAGAGGUUUAUCUGCCCCUGGGCGACAUCAUGGACGUCGUUGCUCUCAUCAACAACGGCAUCAACUUCCUGCUCUACUGCAUCAUGUCCAGGGACUUCCGCACGACGCUGUUGGACAUGAUGAAGUCCACGAUGAACAACGCCAGCAAAGUGCCCGGGAAAAUCACCACCACAUUCUAUCGACCGACAGCCACCGUCUUCGACCGAAGUGAGCGAUCUCACGCGACUCUCAUAGUUCGAGCCAAAGAAUUAUCAUCGUGACUCUAGAAGA